GUAAGGAAGAUAUGAUUUGCAGCAGAGACGGGUGAUAAGCGGGAGCAGUUUGAGUUUUCUGAGAAGCUUGUGGUGAAAGACGCCGUCGGCUUGUAACACUGGGUUGGUGGGCGUGUCCAGAAGUGUCCAGAUUGUAUAAAAACAUGUGUCCACAGAGGUUCAACAACAACAGCAACUAACAGCAGUAUCCACGGCACAGCAUGACAAGUUUACGAACCAUGAAGCUGUUGCUUCUGCUGGUCCUGCUGGACCUGGUCCAGGCCCAGGAAACUGACGUCUGUGACACCUCCAUCACAAACAGACCUCCACUGGACAGUGACAUAACCGUAGUAUGUGGAACAGAGAAAAUGGAGCUGAGCAUCAUAAUGUGUCCCAUCUAUCAUUCCGCAUUCACCCACCAGGACAUGGUCCUGAACCAGCAGUUUGAAAACACUGAGUGUUUCGGAACACCAGACUUCACGGUUGACCCUCCAGUGUUGAAAUUUGAGAUCCCCAUUAAUCCAGACAACUCCUUCUGUGGAAGCAGCUACGAGAUCAGCAACGAUGUUGGAAGUGGAGACUUCUCAGAUUUAUCCAAUGUGCAGUUUAUCAAUGUUUCAGGACAAAUUGGUUCCAUCGAUUCGAGCAUUGGAACCAUCACGUACCGCUCAGGGCUUCAGUACUUGUUUUCCUGUUUUUACCCAAUGCAGUACUUGUUGAAGGACCAACGUUUAAAUGUAUCUGGAGUGGAUCUCGCCAUACAAGACAACAACGGUAGCUUCAUCAGCACACUGACAAUGGAGCUGUUCAAUGAUGACGCGUAUACGCAGCCACUCUUCAUCCCAACAUCAGGACUCUCACUGAAGACCAAGAUUUAUGUCUCAGUUAAGGCCACUGCCCUGACAGAGAGGUUCAACGUGCUGCUGGACAGAUGUUUUGCGACAGCCAAUCCUUACCCUGAUGAAACAGUCUCCUACGACCUGUUUGUUGGCUGCGACAAGGAGCCACAGACCACAAUAGAGUUGAAUGGGAAGGCGCAGGAAGCUAGGUACACCUUUGAGGCCUUCAGGUUUGUGAUACAUAAUGAACUGGCCAUUUCCUCCUUCUACCUACACUGCGUGACCAGGCUCUGUGAAGUGGGCACGUGUGAGAACCUGUUGCCCUGCACCGUGGAGCGUAGGAGAAGGAGAGACACUGAUAACAAACUCCUGCCCAACGGCACCGUCAGCUCAGAUCAAAUACGCGUGAAAAAGGAUGAGCGUACUCCAAGUACUUUCUCUGCUCAAGCUGCAUCACCUGAGGCCAGUAACCACUACAGCAGCCCAGUGGUGGCUGUUAUUAUCUGCCUUGUGGUCCUGUCCAUCCUGCUGGUGGCCAUGGCUGUGUACUUUGGGUUUUACAUCAGAAGAAGGCACUAAUACAGGAACAGGCACCAAUGAGCCGGGGCACAGAACCGUGCCAGUUCUCCUUUAAGUCUAGCUCUUCAGGAUUUAUUCAUCUCACGCUGGUAGAAUGUUCUGGCUGCAGAGGGCGUUGUCUUCUCAGCAUCUUCUCAGCCUGCAGCUUAUUGGUCAGUAGGAAGCGGGUGAUUAACAUGGCGGUAACAACAAUCAGUACUUUGCUCUGUAGACUCAGAUGUAGUUCAUGAAAUGAUUCACAUGUCACCAGACUCUCAAAUAUGUCACUUUUUAAAACAACUCUGACAAAGCUCAAUAUUCUGUUAAAAAAAACCAAAACCAAAUCUAAAUUAUGUAGAAUUGUUCAGAUUUGUCCAGGAGUCAGUUCUUGUUCACUCAUUUUCAUUCAACACUGCAUCUUACUUGAAAAUGAUUACUUGUUGUCAAAUUGUAACAUGUGGUCUGGACACCAUUGACUAUAUAUAGUGUUUGUUAUUGGAUUUUUAAUACAUGAACGAAACAUCAACAUAUAUUGACCAGAUUAUUUGUUUUUUGGCUUCAUUUCAUAAUGUGUUAAAUAUAACCACCCCUACAAAAAUACUGUAGCUGAAACAGUUAACCACAGAAAAGUUGUUCAAAAUUAGACACGUUAAAAUUAAAUGCAGAAAAGCGUUACGUAAGCCAAAUGUGGGUUAAAUCCUGUUCCAUUUCAAAUUGUAAUUGCUUAAAAUACACCGAAACAUUGGUUGAAAACUUGUUCAGAACACGCUAAAUGUUGCUAAAAUAAAGCUAAUUUUUCACAGUUAUAACCACAGCUGCUUGGAAGCAGUCGGUAGUUUGCGGAUCAUUUAGCUUUAUUCAUUAUAUUGACACGCCAACCUGCUGGCCAGUUGAGGUACUACACUAGCAAAAACAUACUAGUAGGAAACACACAGUAUGACGUUGGCCAGUCUGUGUAGUUUGAUGGUGGAAACAGAGCUCAUCUGUUGAAGAUGUUUGUUAAAUAAAAGAUUCAUUUGAGGAAAAGUUAAAUUAGAAAACAGUUAGGUUAAUGUGGACGAAACAGAACUGCGUCAACUCACACAUUAAUGAAGUCAUAUAUUUCCUUGCCAUAAAAAUAAAAUGGAGUAAAUCACAGUUUAAUAGAUAUUUCUGCUCUUUGAAUGUUAAAAUAUAAUAAAUACAAAUAUUUGCACUUA